AUGGAUCCAGCAGGAGUGAACAUGAACAUGAACACGAAUAUGAAUAUGAGAGUACGUUCAUCUGGCUCAACACCAUCAGAGGAAUCAGCUUUGGAUUUGGAGAAAACAUGUUACAGCCACUCCCACUCGAAUCCCCCUUCAUUUCCAAACGCACACCAACAGCAACAAACUCUUCAACCCUACGCAUCAGGUGGACAGCACUCAGAGAGCAACGCUGCUUACUUUUCGUGGCCUACCUCCAGCCGACUAAGUGACGCUGCUGAAGAGAGAACAAACUAUUUUGUAAACUUACAAAAGGGCGUUUUGCCUGAAUCUAUAGGCAGGUUGCCUAAAGGGCACCAAGCUACCACUUUGCUUGAGUUGAUGACUAUUCGUGCGUCUCACAGUAAGAUCUUGCGUUGUUAUAGUCUUGGAACUGCGAUUGGGUUUAGGAUUCGUAGGGGUGUGUUGACUGAUAUACCUGCGAUCUUAGUCUUUGUUUCCCGAAAAGUUCAUAAGCAAUGGCUAAGCCCUAUUCAGUGUCUACCAACUAUUCUUGAGGGACCCGGGAGUGUGUGGUGUGAUGUGGAUGUUGUGGAGUUUUCUUACUUUGGUGCACCUGAACCAACAACCAAGGAACAGUUGUACACUGAUAUUGUGGAUGACCUUCGUGGAAGUGGCUCAUGCAUCGGUUCUGGUUCUCAGGUAGCAAGCCAAGAAACAUAUGGCACAUUGGGAGCUAUUGUGAGAAGCCAAACAGGCAGCAGACAAGUUGGUUUUCUCACAAACCGCCACGUGGCAGUUAAUCUAGAUUACCCAAAUCAGAAAAUGUUUCAUCCUUUACCACCUACACUUGGACCUGGGAUAUAUCUCGGUGCAGUCGAAAGAGCUACUUCAUUUAUCACAGAUGAUCUUUGGUAUGGUAUCUUUGCUGGAAUUAACCCAGAGACCUUCGUCAGAGCUGAUGGGGCGUUCAUCCCUUUCAGUGAUGAUUUUGACAUGUCGACUGUAACAACAUGUGUAAAAGACGUUGGGGAGAUUGGAGAUGUGAAAAUCGUUGAUUUGCAAUCUCCUAUCAAUAGUCUUAUUGGUAAAAAAGUGAUGAAAGUUGGGAGGAGUUCAGGGUUGACUAAAGGAACAAUCUUGGCUUAUGCCCUUGAAUAUAACGACGAAAAGGGUAUUUGUUUCUUUACUGAUUUUCUUGUUGUUGGAGAAAACCAGCAAACGUUUGACCUUGAAGGCGAUAGUGGAAGUCUGAUUGUCUUAAAAGCUGAGGAGAACGAAGAGAAGCCAAAAGCAAGGCCUAUCGGGAUCAUAUGGGGUGGGACAGCGAAUAGGGGAAGACUUAAACUUAAAGUCGGUCAACCGCCGGAAAAUUGGACAAGCGGCGUUGACCUUGGCCGCUUACUUAAUCUCCUUGAACUUGAUCUAAUAACAACCGGAGAUGCACUAAAAGCGGCGGUGCAAGAGCAAAGGGCGGCUUCAGCAACGGUGAUGGGGUCAAGCGGUGGGGAAUCUUCACCGCCGGAAAUAGUGCUUCCUAAAGAUGAAGCGGAGCCGUUAGGGCUUCAUAUCCAACAGCAUAUUCCUUUGGAAGAGGGCGGCGGCGGCGGCCCGGAUAUGAAUUUGUCUCCGGCGGAAAAUGCAAGCAAUUUGGAGGUGGGGCAAAGUAUUGAGGAGCAUCAGUUUAUUCCGAGUUUCGAUGGGCAGUCGCCGUUGCAUAGGAAUGAGAGGCGGUGUAGGGCUGAGUCUGAGAAUCUGAGUGCCUUGAAAAGCGGGACGGAUGAGGAGGAUUUAGGGUUUUCGCUUCAUUUGGGAGAUAAUGAGCCAAAGAGAAGGCGGUCUGAGUCUGACCCUUUGGAUGAAGCUAAAUAAACCUGUGUUUAAAAGGUAAAUAAACCAAGUGUAUGGUUAUGGUGGGUUGAACUUGACUUUUAUUUUCUGGUAAUGUGGUAUGCUAACUAAUCCUAAUUUAAGGUGCGAAUCAUGGUAAUGUGAUGAAAUGGUUUAAUAUACGAUCAUAAGGGGAUACCACCCAAACCACCAUGCGGUGGGUUUAUAUAAAAGAUCAUAAGGGGAUACCACACCUAAUUAGGGAUGAGCGUGGGACGGAAUCCGUACCGAUCCGUUCCGUUUACGAAAACCGAAUUUGGUCAAAAGUCAAUCCCGAAUACCGAACGAAAUUAACAUAACCGGUACCGGUACCGGGAAUGGUACCGGUUUUACCGAUUCUCGAAUUUCAUGUAUUUGGAGUACCAAGUAACGUCCCAUCUUUUCAAAUUCGGUACGGUUCGUUACCAGUUCCAAUACGGUACCGGUACGGGAUCGAGAUUUGAAACAAACUGCUCAUCCUUACACCUAGUGGUGUUCGGUAAACCAACCCCCUCUCCUAACAAUCCAUUCCACACUUUUUUUUUCCUUCAUGUUUUAUAUUAUUCUAUAACACAACAUUGUAAUGUUGCAUACUAUGAGGGGAGUGGUACUAGAUUAUUUCCUAGUAGUGAGGGGUGAGGGGAGUAACCAACGGAUGCAGAAUAUUUACAUUACGUUAGAAAAUUUCCAAAAAAUAUUAUGUCGUGUUUAAAUUUUGAGGGGCUGCACUAGCCACCUUGGGAAUCUUCUAUAUCCACCAUUAUAUCGGGUGAGGGGAAUGUAAGGGGAAAAUGAUGUUGCAAAGAGGUUACAAUGAAGAAGUGAGGGAAGUGAUAGCCCGCUCCCUUUGGCUUAAGGCUAUAUGAUAUACAAGGACCACAACGUAAGGGUGUUUGAAGUGGAGUAGCGACAACCAUCGGGAACACCUUGUCGGCUAGAGUGGUGCCUGCGCUCAAGAGUCCCGCGAUGGGUGGAACAACACUACAUUAUAUCUUCCCUUUCUUUUUCUUUUUUAACUGUUGCGAUGGGUGGAACAACGCUACAUUAUAUCUUCCAUUUCUUUUUCUUUUUUAACUGUUGAAUAGAUAAAUUCGAGUUAUUAUAUACUAUUUACUUCCUAUUAAUACAUAUUAACAUUUG